AAAAUAUUGAAAUUUAAUUUAUGACUUAAUUUGUAUUUAGAAACUUCACGUAAAUGCAUUCAUGGAUUGCAUAGGUACAAUCGCAGUGAUAUUUACGUUGUUUGUCAACUUUGUGACGGCAAACGAAGUGGUAAACAACGUUGGAACAAUAUCAAUCAUACAGCCAGCUUUUGUAAACCGAAGGGUUACGAUGAAAAUGACACCUUAUAUUAUGACAAAUACGAUUGUUAAGUGGAAAUACUCUAAAGACAAGAACAGCGGAUACAUAAGUGAAACGAGUGACUCUUUUCAAAGAAACUUGAAUGGGUCAUACUAUUUAACAAUUUUAAACGUCAGCAAGUCUUUUAAUGAAUCGUAUUUUGUCGUUGAAGAUACUGUCACUCAAAAAUACAUAUCUCCCUUUAUUCAGCUUAAACUUGAAGAAUUGAGAGGGCCAUGCGGAGAAGUUGUUUUAAAAAACCAAAUUGCAAGACUUGGAACAGAUGUAGCCAUUUCAUUUUAUCCCUCUGAUGUUGCCAUUGAAACCGGAACUUCGCUGCGCCGUUCAUGGCUGUAUUAUUUUGAAAACAUAAGCCUUUCUUCUGUGUCAUUCAGUGAAAGAAAGGUAUCGGAUUACCUGUUUGAAUUGACAAUUUUAAACGUCAGUUUGAGCCAUGCAGGAAGAUACGGCCUGAAAUGCAAUUGCUGGGAAGCGUGUUGUGUUACAAAUUCAGAGCAUUUAACAGUCGUCGAACCCCCGAGCAAGCCCGAACUUGGUCCCACAACGGACGACUUUUCCGCAACCAACUGUAUCUAUGUUGACGCGGAUACCCAUCCCUACUGCAAAGUUAUGAGUGGAACACCGCCUCUUAACGUUACACUUACGAUAGGAGCAGAAAUAUACCCAUUGGUUGCGAGUAUUCGCGAUAAUCGACGUUUUGAAAUUAAGAAUGGCACUUUUCGUGUUACGAAACACAACUACGUGCCUAAUAUUACAUGCCACGUUUCGAAUCUUCUAGCACAAGCCGCUGAGUGGAAUACCGCGAAACUUUGUAUCAUAGAAAAGGGUUCUGGUCCACUUCUUAUCGUACGGGAAUAUACACUUAAUCACACGCCGCAAAUACAAUGCGAGGUGAAGCUUGCCUUGCCUGCGCCGGAAGUAGAAAUACGCAUUGAUAACAGUACAGUUCCCGGUCAGGAAAUCGUCACUUUUGACAACACCACACAGUCUUUCACAAGUAAAGUAUCCCUUCAAAGAGCAAAGGCGGACUGGGAGGGAAGCAACAUGUGCUGUUAUCAAAGGUCCAUGUUUUACAACAAUUUGCAGCCGGUUUGCAAGACACUUAUAUUGAAAUUUAAACUCCAACCACCAGUUCUUGGUCCUCAGUUAGAAGACUUUUCCACGACCAACUGCAUUUACGGAAACAGCGGUCACGACAUUUAUUGCAAAACACAAGGAGGGACCAAACCAAUUCAAGUUUUUCUUACAAUCGGAACCAGGCAAUACCAUCUCAUUGAAAACAAGAUUGAGCCUGGAUUAUAUGAAAUGAAUCAUACUGUAUCUGAUCCGUUCACAGUUUUUACAAAGACAAACGUUAUCUGCCAAGUUUCUAACGAAGUCACUCCAGAACCCCUCAUUGUAUCGGCCUUUCUUUGUCGGAGUGAAAAAGGUGACAAACCAAGUCUGACAGUGCCACAUAGUUUUGUUGGUGAAAAUUCAUCGACACUUUGUGAAGUUAAACAUGCUCGUCCGGCUCCAAAACUAGCCAUAUAUGUCGCAAAUGUCAUGGUUAAUAAUGUACACCAAAAGAACACCUUCAACGAUUCAUCUAAUACGUUUACGAGCAAGGUGGAAAUUCAAAACCCAUCGCGGCACUGGAAUGCCAAUCAAAUGUGUUGCGUUCGAAGGAGUAUAGUCUCAAAUGAUUCGGUACAGGUGUGCAAAAAUGUUACAUUCGAAUAUCCGCCGUUUGAAUUAAUCAUGGUAGUCCACAGGGCGUUCGAAAGCGAUGAGACGGUCCAAAUGUUGAACAUAUCCUGUAACGCUGUAAACUCCUAUCCACAAUGCGACAUUUCAUGGGGAAGUAAACUACCUCAUGUUCGCCCAAUAUCCACUGAAUCAAGAAUAGACAUUCGGCAUCAUAGCUACUUCAGUUUUUCAAAAGCUGUGUUCUCACUUACAAAAGAUGAUGUAAACGUUGGAGAUAUUUUUUGUUUCACAAGAUGUGGCACACUGAACACCUAUCUUCUUCGCACAUACAAUUUUUCAUUUCCAAGUUAUCCUUUGAUGUCGUUCAAUACAUCAACAAAACUAAAGAUUCAGAAAAAUGAAUCUGUGUCAAUCAAUUGCACUGUCGACGAGCUAAUGCCAAUCAACACGAGUCUACUGUGGCGAAACGAAGCGAGCCAAAACAUAGUUAAAGUUUGCUUAAAUAUGAUGGCGUGCGUUCUUACAUUAAAUGAAACCUUUGCUGAAGGCAUGUGGAACUUGUACAAAUGUGAAGCACAUAGCGAUGUCAUUUCUACCAGCAAAUUGCUGGCAGUAUCAUUCCUGGCGUUUCAAGGCAUGUCUUUCACAUUGCAUAGUAUCAUAAAUUACAUUAAAAGAAAAAAACCCAUAAGAGGCUGUCGGUGA